AUGACAUUCCACAUCAUCAACUACAUAUUUUCGGAUUGGCAGGAGGAGGAGGGGCAGGAGAGCAUGGAAUGUAUCCAGGCCAAUCAGAUCUUCCCCAAGAAGCCCCCAGUCCUGGAAGAGGAGAGCCUGCAGGUGAGAACACUAGUUGUCUGGGCUGGUUAGCACAAUGUCACAUGCAAAGUCAUUGUUAUACAUGUGUCAAGUAUGUGUAAUGGUCAUGUAUGUACAUAGCUGUGUAUUUAUAGGGCACCUCCUUUUCAUGUGAUACGGUUCUGUGCCCUUUGAUAUCUUCCCUCCCAUGGUGCCAGGUGCCCUUUCCUGAGCUGCAUGGCGAGUCAACAGAGUAUGUGGGUAGAGCGGAGGAUGCCAUCAUCGCCAUGUCCAGAUACCGCCUCCACAUCAAGUUCAAAGAGUCCAUCGUCAACGUAAGUACUGCUGACUAACUAAGUGAAGGCUAGGGAGUUGAUAGCACACAGUUUAUCACCCAGCAGUAACACACACUUUAAUUUCACAGACAGUGUCUGAAGCAACUCUGCAGCUGGCCAGUACAGUGAAACCCUAUUGUCUCCAGUCUGUGUGUGUAUCAUGACUUUUUCUGAAUGGAGACGUGCUGGGGCCAGUGACAGUAUGCCACUACUGUUGUGGUGGCCAGGCAGACUGUCUGGAGAGGGCAUUCAGAUGGACUUUGUGAUAGUCAUUGGCAGCAGUGCCGCGUGACUGUUCUCAGCAGGUCUGCUUUUGCACUCAGUCCUUUGCUUUUCUCUUUCCACUUGCCGUUACCAUGGUUGCAACGAUCCCGUCAGUGAUGCACAACACAUUUGCCCUCUCCCCCUUUUGCCAUGUUAGCUAUAUAGACACCAUCUUUGUUACCAAUGUGUGGUGAAUCGAAAUGGACAUGUCAUCAUUACACUGGUUUUAGUAUGGACAAUUUCCCCCAUUUACUAACAAAUGAUACUGCUUUACUUCCUCUCACCAUCCUGACAUGGUAUAGUAAUAGUACCAUAGCAUAGUACCAUAGUAAUAGUAUUAUAGUAAUAGUACCAUAGCAUAGUACCAUAGUAAUAGUAUUAUAGUAAUAGUACCAUAGUAUAGUACCAUAGCAAUAAACAGCAUUGCUGUACAGUUGUGCAGGUUCUGCUCCUUUUGGAUCAGCAUGAUACAAUGUAUGGUAUGCAAAACAUGUAGACCUAUGUCGCACAUAAUCUGCUUUGGUUUUAGAUAUAGGGCAGUUUUUGUUCCAGUCACAUCCACACUAACGGUGUACACUAGAAUGUUCCAGUUCUUACCACGUAGCUGACCUAUUUGGUUUUAAUCCAUUGUUGCGGUCAGUCAAUCGUGUUAUAUUGUACCUAAAUGUCACUGUGUUCUCUUCACACAUAUUUGGAUGGGAUGGUAGAGCUCUGGCAUCACAUGGCUGUGGUUCAUCGCUCAUAAAUCUGCCAGUGGGGCGGGAGGAGCAAAGAAUGGAGCGAGAUCUCAGUGAGGCAGGCUGUUAAUUUCAUUGUGUGGACAGAUUAGAGCUGUAGAUUACAGAGCAGGAAUUUAAACAGAGAUGCGGGAUGUGAGAAUGUAAGGAAUGUGGCCAGACAACAGCCUCAACACAGACGCAGCGUUAACUGUUUCCCUUUUCUUCUUUAUUAUUCCUCCUGUUUUGUUUUGAACAACAGAGUGAGAGUUGUUGUGAGGUGUCAGUAAGUACCUACCCAGCAGCCCGUGCAUGCACGGCGUGGUGCCCUGCCCACAGACUGGGCUGGGGUGGAUGACAUCAUGGCGACGUGUGUGUGUGUGUGUGUGUUAACCCGUUGCAUGGCAUUGGACUGUUGGAAUUGUGUGACAGCUUUAGCUGCACUCCCCCUCUCAGAGCCACUACAGAACAGAACAUGUACUUUGGGUGAAACUUUUAGUAAAAGGAUACAUUUUCUUUAUAGUAUCUCCAUAUUCAAAAUCUGCUCAUAAACUGCUUGUUCAUAACACUAAGUAAAGUCAUGUAGUUUAGAUGAUGAGGGUGUUUUAAUAGACAGUGUGGGGCAAUUUACUGCACUAUGAUCCAGCAGUUUUACAUAGUGAAUCAGUACACGAUGGAAGAACAUCAAAUCGGAAGGCAGUGCUCGAGGAGAUGUGAAAAUGACAACCCUUGCCUGGAAAAUACAGUUUGACAACUAAUGCAGCUGGUUUACGUUUGCAGCUGUAGGUGUAAAGGUGCAGCAUGCGCUCAGAUGGAUUUCAUGGUGACAGCAGUAUAGCCUAUAGCAUUCCUGGCAUGAUCGGCAUUAUCACACUUGACAUGAAACACUAACUAGCCUAGUAAUUGGCUUUGAAUUAAGACAUUUCGUUGGUGGUGAUAUUGCACAAGCAUUUACUGCAUGUGCUUGUGAAUUCUGCUGUCUUAUUUUAUGAUAGCCCCUUGUUUGAAUGUUGAGCACAUGUAGGCCUAGAGCCUGAAGCUAGCUUAUUUGUGUGAGGAAAAAAAGUCAGCCUGCUGGUUUGGAGAUUGUGGUACACCAGAGUGUGACUGUGUUGUUCCUGUGUCUGUGUACUUCUUCUCUCACCAGGUCCCUCUGCAGCUCAUAGAGACUGUGGAGUGUCGUGACAUGUUCCAGCUCCAUGUCACCUGCAAGGACUGUAAGGUCGUCAGGUAGGAGGACCAACUGAAACAAUGCAUACAUGCAUAUUGCAAACGCAAUUCUUUUCUCUCAAAAAUGAGCUUGGUUUAGGUUUCUGAUUGUGUUGCUUGUCUCCCAGGUGUCAGUUCUCCACAUUGGAGCAGUGUCAGGUGUGGCUGAAGCGGCUGAGCGCUGCGGUCCGCCCUCCGUCCCGCCUGGAUGACCUCUUCUCCUUCGCCUUCCAUGCCUGGUGUGUGGACGUGUACGCCGGGGAGAAGGAGCAGCUUGGGGAGCUGUGCAGGCCAGGUACGCUGGUGGUGACAUUGAUGUCCUCAGACCUCUACCCAGUGGUGACAGACCUAAGUCCUCAUCUCACGUCUCCUCUGUGUCCCUGUGUGCCCCGUUAGGAGAGCAUGUGACCUCCUGGUUCAAGAACGAGGUGGAGAGGAUGGGCUUUGACACUCAAAACGCCUGGAGGAUAUCCGACAUCAACAGCAAGUUCAGGUAUGUGCAGCCAACCGCCCCCAAACAGCCUACAUCCUACAGGGCUGAUCUGAUUACCAGGCCUCCUAGGGUAGUGGCAUGAUAACCGUCUGUUUUCACCCUGCUGCACACACUGCUCUGUGUGUCUGAUACAGAGGUUGGUUGUGCUGUUGUCCUCCACUGGUGAUGAGCCUCCUGUAGAUAAGGGCCUAGCCCAGUAUUAGGUGUCUGGUGAUAGGGGUUUAUUAGAGGCAUCACUCAGCCUUUGCUCCUCCUCCUGCUCUAACCCCUGCCCCUGUCUCCUCUGGUGUUGCCAGGCUGUGCUCCAGCUAUCCGCAGCAGCUCCUGGUGCCAGCCUGGAUCACAGACAAGGAGCUAGAGAACGUGGCAGCCUUCCGCUCCUGGAAGAGGUUCCCGACUGUGGUGUUCAGGUGGGUCUGUCUGUCUGUCUUUGUGUAGUGUUGUUAGUCAGUGAGGGAGAACAGGGUUAGGUUGUCUGCGAAUACAAUCAAUGAAGGACAACUCCUUUCACCAUGAGGUAUGAGUAAUGGGGGAUUCUAUCUUUUCAAAAGUCAUGUUUUUUGGACCCAAUCCUCUCACGAGACAGUGUUAUUGACUCCGGAGGCCACAUGGAUCAGCAUUGCGCCAUGUUGUUUUUCCACACAGUGCAUUUUUUUCAGUUAUUUGUCUCCUGACUGUCCCAUGCCUCUCCUCUCCUCCAGGCACCAGAGCACGGGGGCUGUGAUCGCCCGCUGCGGCCAGCCGGAGGUCAGCUGGUGGGGCUGGAGGAAUGCGGACGACGAGCACCUGGUCCAGUCCAUCGCCAAGGCCUGUGCUGUAGAUGGCAGCUCCCGCAAACACCUGGCCAACGGAUCCUACACCAACGGAACCAACGGAACCAAUGGAAUCAUCAGCACCAAUGACCUCGUCGACACCGACUUCGGUCAGUCCUCAACAUGCACACAUUCUCACAAACAUACCACACACACAGUGCUGAAGCAGCACCUUCCAAUCUGUUUGUGUGGCUUUGCUGCGGACACUUGGUUGAGCAAUGUGGCCUGUCGGAGCUUGUCUGGUAAAGUGAGGGGCCAUUGACUCAGAAAGAGCAGACCACAUAACUCAGCCCAGGUUCACUGUCAUGUGGAGUGUUUGAUUUAUGUUCAAUCAGAUUUAUAUCAAAUAUUUUACCUGUUUUAUUUGAAAAUACUGACGGUCAUAAGCUAUGCAGAGAUGUAAUUUAUGUUGUGUCUCUGUGCGUCAGAAUCGUCCCUGACGAACAGCUCGGAGGUAGAGACGCUGGCCAUCCAGCCACAGAAGCUGCUGAUCCUGGAUGCCAGGUCCUAUGCAGCCGCUGUGGCCAACAGAGCCAAGGGAGGGGGCUGUGAAUGCCCAGGUAAGACAGCUCAUCUCUGGGCCAGUGAAUCCAGGGGACUGAGGUCAAUGGGUUUGCACGGAAGCAGGUUAUUGUCAACUUAAUGCCAACAGAACAACUGUCCUAACUCACUAUCCACACUGUUAUGUUCUGCACUAAAGUAGUUGUUUUGGUAGUAAUGAUAUGUUAUUUUGCCACAAACGGACUUUCACCAUCUCCUCCUCCAUACAGAGUACUACCCCAACUGUGAGGUGGUGUUCAUGGGCAUGGCCAACAUCCACUCCAUCCGCAAGAGUUUCCAGUCCCUGCGCUUCCUCUGCACGCAGAUGCCCGACCCGGCCAAGUGAGUUCUGCUUCUAGCACUGCAGUGGAGCUCCAUUCAGACUGGGCUCACAAUCCAAGAUGUAUUACACAAGCAGAAACUCUCUACCCCACUCCAGUUUGUUGUCAUGGUGGCGUAGUAACUGUAGUAACUCCAGCUUUGUUUUGGCCUAGGCCACACAUCUGGCUUUGGUUUAGGAAGCUGGUCCAUUCCCAAACUAAAGGAUCUCUUUCCAUCUGAACUCACUGAAUGUUUCCCUUGAACCAAGAGCACAUUGUUGAAAGUACUCAGACACAAUAACGGCCAGUUUUUCAUAACUAUAAACAUAAUUCAAUGAAACAGGCAUAUUAAAGAUGCAUAUUUUUCAUUUGGGACAGCUUGAAAACACCCUGUUUUAUGUUUUGUUUGUAUUAGAGCCUCUUUGCUCAUUACAUUUGGUGAAGGUCCUUAGUUUGUCAUUAAGAUGUGCAGUUGUGUUUAUAAGUCAGUGCUUGGUGUGACUGAGUGUAUGUGAGUGGUUUGUGUACACUACAGUGAGGCUGUGUAUUCAGGAGAUGAUAUUAUUGUCUCUCUCCCUCUGUAGCUGGCUGUCUGCUCUGGAGAGCACCAAGUGGCUGCAGCACCUGUCUCUGCUGCUGAAGGCGGCCCUGCUGGUGGUGAACGCUGUGGACCGCGACCACAGACCCGUUUUGGUGCACUGCUCUGACGGAUGGGACCGCACGCCCCAGAUCGCUGCCCUGUCCAAGCUGCUGCUGGACCCAUACUACCGCACCAUCGAGGUAGGCUGGCUGGGGCGAUCGUUGGGCCCUGUUGAUCGAUUGAAUAGGAUCAUUUUUACGUUGAGUAAUAAUUAGACCAGGGGUUCCCAAACCUUUUUGGCCCACGACCCCAUUUUGAUAUCAGAAAAUUCUCACGCCCCCUAUCAUGUGAAAAACAUUCUAACAGUAUUUUUUAUUGUCUUCUCAACUCACCAUCACAUGCUUUUAAUGUGGGGCUAUGACAGUCAAUUGCAAAUUAGUCUGACGUAAUGUAUCUUAUCUCACCACCACUAAUGAGGGGUGUGCUUGAUGCAUGUUGCGUUGGAGCUUCUCAAAGUCAGUGAACGCACUGAAGUCGGAGUUGGAUAUUUCUGAGUUCCCAGUUGUUUUGAACGUGGAAUUAAUGCUUAGAGGGAGACGGCAGGGUGUUGUUCCCUUUGAGUCAGAAACCAAAACUCCUCCGUAGUGACCCGUGAAUGCAUUCACAUGACAGCUCCAUCAGCUGUUCGAUUUCACUUACCGGCAUGUCAACUGAGCCAGGAUCACAGUCAAACGGAGUGGGAAAUAGGUCCCAAAGUGCUCUUCCAAGCCUUGGAGGUGAGCAGUCAUCACUCGUGUGGGACACUUAUUGGUGCUGUUUUCUGUUAGAAACAUGCACAGCCGAGGGAAGGGGGCAUGGUUGACUUUUGAAAGACUCUCCAAUAAGAAUUAUUUCCUCUGAAUCCACUGAUUCAGUCACUCAUCUGUAGAAUGUUUUUGUAUUUCCCCUGCAUGCUUGCGUUCAGUUUCCCAAAUAUGUCUGUAACAUAGGCAAGGAGACAUUUUAUUUUCAUUACAGAGAAAGUCAACUAAGUCUCUUUUUUGCAUCCAUUGUGAAUGACAACAGUUCCUCUCUCAAUGCGAAAAAUCUUUCCAACACUCCCCCUCGAUAACCACCAAGCCUCGGUGUGAAAUAGAACAUUGACAUGCUCUGAUCUCCACAUAGUUUUGCAAACAGGCGUGCGCGCAGUGGAUGUGGUUUGAUGUAGUUUACAAUCGAAGUUACUUGUUGCAGUAUAUCUGAGUUCUGUGCUCAGCUCUUUUGACGCAAGUUGCUCUCGGUGUAUCAUACAAUACGUCCAUAUGGCAGAGGGAGACGUUCAUAACUAGAGUGCAGAGUCCUGCCUGCCUUACCGCCAUAGAUGGAGCCCCAUCUGUGCAAAAGGCCACCAUUCGAUCCCAUGGAAACUGUUUUUCGUCAAUAUACCCGCCCAGUACGCUGAACAUCCCCUGUGCCGUUUCAUGCUAGGGAAUUUCGAGACAGAACAAUAUCGUUGUGAAUAGCAUCCCCGACAUUUAUAGCAAACAAAAGUCAAUGCAUGGGCAUCUCGGCCCUCACAGCUAACGUCCAUAUCAAUUGUGGCCGGUAAUAUCAAUAGUGUGUGGUUUCAUUGCGUAGUGGGCCUAGCCAUUCACUGUGGGAGGGAUUCAAGUGCAACGGUCAAGUGCAGCCUUUUCCUAUGAUCUAAGGGCGCUCUCUGGUUUAAUUGUAUCUUUUAGAUUUGAAUAAUUUUCAUUUAGAUUUUUAAAGUUAACCACAUUACAAUGAUUUUGAGAUACAAAGACGAUGUUAUAAUAUAUUUUUUUGUAUAUUACAUAUUUCUCCGCGACCCCAUUUUCAUAUCAGGCGAUCCCACAUGAAGUCGCGACUCCUAGUUUGGGAACCGCUGAAUUAGACAUAAACAGAGGCACAUUUACAUGGCUGGCAGAAAUUCAGAUUUGCCUGUAUUGUCCUAUUUUAAUUAAAAUGCACCUCUAACUGUUGAUAUAAUCUCUCUACAGGGUUUCCAGGUGCUGGUGGAGACUGAGUGGCUGGACUUUGGCCAUAAGUUUGCUGACCGCUGUGGCCACGGGGAGAAUUCGGAGGACUUGAACGAGCGCUGCCCGGUCUUCCUGCAGUGGCUGGACUGUGUGCACCAGCUGCAGAGGCAGUUCCCAUGCUCUUUUGAGUUUAACGAGGCGUUCCUGGUGAGGAGGAGGACCAUAGACCUGAAUGGAAUGGAAUCAAACUCACUUAGUCAUUUAGAAUCUGAGAAUUUAGAGUUGGAUGCAACUCAAAUGUUUAUAUUUGGAUUAUUGUGAAUUACAGUCAUUUAUUGGAGUGAGUUACUGUUUAUAUCCGGCUGUGAGACUGGGAUCUGUAAUUACUAUGGAGAGUGUUGUAAUGUUUUAGGCUCAGAGAUGCAUAGAAUUUUUACUUUCACUAUCAUGAUCAUACCUGAGAUUUGAGCAUGCUCCUACAUGUUUGUGUGUUUCUGUUCCUGUGUGUGUCUGUGCAGGUGAAGAUGGUGCAGCACUCCUACUCCUGUUUGUUUGGCACCUUCCUGUGCAACAGUGGGAAGGAGAGGGAGGAAAGGCACGUUCGGGAGAGGACUUGCUCCGUGUGGUCACUGCUGCGACCAGCCAACCGCGCUUUGAGGAACAUGCUCUACUCCUCCCACUCCGAGACUGUAUGUCUGCUCUCUGUUUGCUCACCCCUUUAUAUUGGAACAUUCCUACACUCCAUGCCUCAGAUACAAUGGGGGACUUUUAGGGGACACCCCAGAGUGCUAUAACUUAUUAUAUUUGUCUACUUAAAAUGUUCACGGUCCUGGACCUAAGCUGAAUUUAUGACACAAACAAUGUCAUCUUAUCUAUUUAAAACUGUGUUUUUGUGGCCAAUUUGUUGACAUUGUAUUUUUUCUGUCUCAUAUUUAUUUACAAGCCCCUUCUAUAUCUAAAGUUGUGGCUGUCGUUGUAGGUGCUCCACCCUGUGUGUCACGUGCGUAACCUGUUGCUGUGGACAGCAGUCUACCUGCCCAGCUCCUCCCCCUCCACCCCCUCUGAUGAGUCGUGUGCACCCUAUCCUGUGCCAGGUGCCAACCCAGAGGACACGCCCCUGGGCAGGUGAGCCUGCCAUUCUGCCCUUUCCUCCCUGAUGUAAGAUAGACCCGGGUUGAGGGCCCCACAGCAUUACCUGCUCUAUAACCUGCUCAGCUGGCCUAACUGCUUUUGACUUGCUCAAUGAUUGGUCUGGGAGAGGCACCGAGUUUUAUCCUCUGCUUAUUUUAUCUCUCUUGAUUUUGUCAGUGUCAGUUAACUAUCUAGAGUCUAAGCCCUGUCUAAGCCAGGGUUAUUAUUUUAAGAUGGUCAUACCAAGGGUCAUUUAGCUAUUUGAUGUAGAAUUUUAAGACCUCUUAGGUAUCAACAAAAAUAUAUUAAAAAAAUAUUUGAUGAAACAUUGAAUUUGGCAUUACUGCUAUUAGCCAAUAGAAACACAUUGAAUAAUAAUAGUCAUAAUAGUUUGUAGGUCAAACCGUUUGGACGCUACAUACGUUUUCGUGAGAAGACCGAUUUUCGGGAUGUCUCAUGGUCUGACAAACACAGCUCUAGCUCUGCCACCUUUCACCGCAGAUGCGGAAGGGUGGUAUCGGAGGAUGUGGUGGAUUGAGACGCAUUCCAUGCAUAAAAACAUAUCUCUAGCUUGUAUUAUGUUAAUUAGAUUUCUGCGGGCCGCAGAAAUUGUAGGCUAAGGGUUAAGGCUGUUUACAACAACAUACCACAGUUUUUUUGUGGCCAUUGUUAUCGACGAUAACUGUGGUGAGGACGUGUUUAAAAAACAAUGCUGAAUACUUUCCAUAUUUUUUUUUCUGUGCAAGCUUAACUGUCUAGUUUUUCCUUGAUUAAUAGCUUAUGGGAAUAUAGUUUAAUCACUUGAGCUACGCUUCGCUCCGUAUUUUCCAUUUGUGGACAUACUUGUCUUAAUCCUGAACACUCUGUAAUGAUUAGUUGAUUAUAUACACAGCCUCAGCUUCAAUCAUGAGGCCUCAAUGACACUGAGCCAUUGUUUUGGGAUGAAAGGCUGUUUUUUCCACGUACUAAUCAACUCAAUUCCUCUUUCUUCCCUCGAAAGACAUCCGAAGACCCGUUCCUUCGAUAACUUGCCCAGCGCGUGUGAGCUGGGGAGCUCGCUGGCCCCCAACCGGCGCUCCAGUGACCCGAGCCUGAAUGAGAAGUGGCAGGACCACCGGCGCUCUCUGGAGCUCAACAUCGCUGUGGGGCCCGACGGGGGGGGAGCUCAGGAGCAAGAUGGGUGGGCUAACGGCCAGUCUGGAGCAGCAGGGCCUCAGGCAGGCAUGGCCGACUCUGAGCUGGAGGACAGCCCUGAAGGCCAGCAGACUGAGCUGAGAGACGGAGCCGCCAAGGGGUCAUUAGCAGUAGGAGAAGAGAUAGAGCUCUCCAUUGAGCUGUCUGUGGCUGUGGCAGAGGGACAGAUGGAGAACAUUCUCCAGGAGGCAACGAAGGAGGAGGCUGGUGCCGAGACUCAGAGAGAGGCUAACGCUACUGCUGCUGCUGCCGUGGCUCAAACUCUGAUCGACGCUAACGCUAAUGGAACAGAGACAGAGAAAGAGGCCAUGGCAAGUAAUGCUGAGACUGAUAAAGAAGCUAACACCAAUGGGGCUGAGACUACUAUCACUAAUGGUCAUCACCCAGGGAAUGGCACAGAUGAGCCUGAGGAGGAGUCUGGUGUCUCUCCAGCCAGUCCCCCCCUUCCCACUGAUGUGUCCACAGACGUUCCAGAGGAGCAGGAGGCCCUAGAGAGGCGGGAGUCAGAGGAGCUGGUAGAGCAGGUUCUGGAGAACUGUACUGCCCAAGAGGAGCCAGAACACAACCCUACCCCCAGCCCAGCCCAGCCAUCCCCUAGAACUUUGACCAAUGGCUUUGGAGAGAGGACACCAGAAGAGCCAGAGACGGCUGUGAAUCACCUCCCGCCAGAGUCCAGCAGACACCUCUCAGAGGCCCUGGUGCAGGCUGACAAGAGGGCUUCCCUCAUGGAGAGUUCCACAGAGACUCUGACUGAAGAGGCCUGCAGCAGGCCAGAGGCCCCAGUGCAGGCACCUGUCUGCCCAGGCCCCCAGCCCUGCACUGAAGGCAGGAGCCAACCCUCCUGCCACAGGAGAGUGAACGGGGAGGCAGAGCCAGAGCAGGGGGCAUCCAGGACUUUAAAUGGAGGACACAAGCGGCCCUCCGUCAGUGCCUUCCAGUCUUUGAGUGCUGAGCCCAGCAGGGAGGGUCUAUGUAAUGGCGAGAGCUCAGAGGGGGAGCCCUGCGGUGGCCCUCACUGGGCCAAGGUGAAUGGGGAGCGGGCCCCACUGAGCCGCCAGGUCUCCCUGGCCUCCUGCAGCUCCCUGACCCUCCAUCGCCGGGGCAGCUGCUCCCAGCACCGCUGCCUCCAUGCCCUACUGGGGCGCCGCGCCGCCACACCCAGCCCCGAGCAGCCGGCCCGCAGCCAUCUGGACGACGACGGGCUGACGCUCCACAUGGACACUAUCCAGCAGCGGCUGAGGCAGAUCGAGGCAGGCCACCAGAUGGAGGUGGAGAUGCUGAAGAAGCAGGUGCAGGAGCUGUGGAGCCGCCUGGAGAGCCAUCACCACGCAGCGUCCCUCAGGAUCAACGGAGACAUGGGAGACGAAGUGGUAAGACCCAGCCUCGCCCUGCAGAGAGAUGACUUGGCAGUUAAUUGCCGUGACAGAGUUGAUUUGAGUGUGGAUUUUCACAAACUACUUGAUCAGACUGACAGUGCCGAGGAUUUUUUGGGGGGGUAUUUGUGAGAAGUAGAUGAACCACUUGAGGAGAACCACUUAAUUAUUACUAUUUAGUCAGAUGUGAAAUUACAAAGAUGCUGAAUUUCUCUUGUCUCAUUCCCUCUCACUCAGACCUCAAUGACAGACUCGGAGUAUAACCUGGACGCUAACUGCCUCUCACGCUGCAGCACAGAGCUCUUCUCCGAGGCUAGCUGGGAGCAGGUGGACAAGAAUGACACAGAGGUAAGCUGCCUGGUCGAAUGGGAUGAUACGACAUGGGACAUAUAGAAGGAGUGGAAGCUGAAUAAUGGAGUAUAGUGGCUGUAGAGAUGCUAGCUGAGAACUGCCAUUUGGCUGCCUGUUGCAGGUGACCCGCUGGUACCCGGACCACUUGGCAGCCCUGUGCUACGGGUGUGAGAGUAGGUUCUGGCUCGCCACCAGGAAGCAUCACUGCAGGUAACCAACCACUGGCUCUUAUCCAUGCUAUGGUUUUAACUAGGCCCUGGAUGCCCUCAGACACAUUACUAUCACUUCUGAGCUGAGGAGACACUCCCUCAGUUCAAGCUUGUUGAUUUCAGUUUGUUUUCUACUCGUGUUGUUUCUUUCCCCCUGAGUUUCCUGCAUUUUGGUUUGCAAAUGUGAUUUGCAAUAUUAUGCCUGCAGGCGUCACUGAUAAAUGACAAUGAAAGUUGUCAUUCUAUCAUUACCAUUCUGUUAUAGAAGACAAACAUUUCAUUUUUUCAUCAUAGGUCAGAUGAAUGCAUUGCCUCUUUUGGUUUUCUCAUUUCCUCAUUGUUAUCCUCUCUACUUCCUGUUUUCUGGGGGAAUGUGGGGCAGCUUCAUUUCCAUGCUGCUCCAAAAGCUGCAUAUCAAUAUGCGUUAUCAGUGCUUUUGGCCUACUUGUUUAAAAUCAUCAUUUGUUAAGCCAUAGUCAGCAAACUAGUUUACCCGCACCAUUUUUGGUCCCGGUCCAACAAAAUGCUCACAAGACCACAUUGUAGCCUGAAUACAGUGCAGAUUUGGUUUUUUCCCUGUUAGGCAAACUGGAGCUGUGACGAGGUAUUUUGGCUUUGAACCCAGCUGUAAAUGUCUAAACUAACAAUUAGCUUGGUGACAAUAUUUUAGCGUAUGGGUUAUUUGUAACACUGUGUAGGGAUGAUUGCAGACUUAUAUGGUGUAAUUUAGUGAUUGUUUGAAUGUGUAGCCUAAAUCAAGGCCAUUCAAGACAGACCUUUUCAUUCUCGGUGCUACUGGUGUCGUCUAGACCAUGGUGAAGGAAAAUUGUGGAAUGUUUUUUUGAAUCCGUGCCAAAAUGGGAAUAGCCUAUAACAAGGUGUACAGUUUGUUAGAUAUGGAGAGUAGGGGUUUUACAGUAUCUAAGUGAGUGUGGUAGGGAGAAUUGUAGCCUGUUGUCUGUCCUUGCAGUGUAGACUAGAUGAGAUGGCAGUGCUUGUGAGUCUGGUCUGGGCCAAUCUCUGAUGGUUGCGAUUGUUCCAUUCUCUACCCCCCUCUCCUCCACAGUGACAGAGAGCCUGUCCAAGAGGCCUGGUGAGAUACGGCUCCACUGUCCCAUCUCUCCCCGCUCAUCUACCCUCCCUCUAACCAUGCAUCGCUCCACCUUUUUGGUUGACUUCAUCCUAACCUAACCCACCCCAUACUGAAUGGCUUUACCCCACUCAGUCUCUUUGUGUUGGCAGUAUUCUCUUCAAGAAGCUCUGAGAUGGCUGUCACAUGACCCUGAUGGCCAGCUCCUGUCUGGUCAUGUGGGACGUAUGAGCAUGAAGCUGAGAGUGGCUGGCAGAUGUCUGAAAAAAAUAUGUAUUAACAACACACCUGUUUUUCAUGGCAGUGCAAGGGGGAGUGCAUUUAGUGAGAGUGCGCUAUAUGGGGAGGUUGAGGUUUUCAGUCCUUUCACCAAUACUUCCACCUGGAAAUGUCUAAUCGGUGGCCUAAGUGUUGAGCCGCUAGUCUGAAAAGAUACUGAUCCGCAGGAGCAUGGUCCCCACCCCGCCAUAGCACCUCAUUAGACUGUACCUAGACCUGUUCACAUCCUGUCAGAAUGCUGCCCCCUGCAUCUCACCCUUCACCAGUACAGCAUGCUACAGGAGUCCACUCAGAGUGCUUUAAGACGUGUAUGUGACCAGGCUGGAUGUAAAUGUUGCAGGGGGAAUUUGUCUGUUUAUAUUUACUCUCAGGACCACUUGAAAAGUAGAAUUUCCACUAUGAAAUGCUGCCAUUGUGGUGUGUGUGUGUGAGGCAAGCAUGGUCUUACUUUAGAAAUAUACGCAUGGUAUGAGCUCUGCAUUAGUUACCUUAUGAAUAGUUACUUGAAGUCAAUGAAGAAUAAAUAUAUAUUUAUUUAAUUAUUAUGAAGUUGAGCUGUGUGAUUUGCUUACCUGCCCAACAAUAUUGAUCCCUGAUGCGAUUGUUCUGUACUCAUAGCAGUGAGGAUACUGUUUCUUAUCAGGGUCUCAGUAUUACAAGUUAUGAUGAUUAUAAAGAUUGUACACUACAUCUUUAUCAAAGGGUCUUACUCUUAAAUGAUGCUUGGGUUUUUGUCUCAUACCCACUCACUGACUAAACAGCCCCUCUGUGAGCGAGCCUGAACCUGUGCUGCCUCUCUGUCUCCCCCUGUAGGAACUGUGGGAAUGUAUUCUGUGCCAGCUGCUGCGACCAGAAGAUCCCUGUGCCAAGCCAGCAGCUGUUUGAGCCCACCCGUGUGUGUAAGACCUGCUAUGGCAGCCUCCAGAUCAAUACAGCUCCCAAUCCCAUGGAGCUGGAGGAACCCAUCAGAGCCAGCUCAAACUAA